AUGCGAAUACCCAGUUUCUCGAUAUCAUUAUUAUCCAUCUCCCUCCUCCCUACAGCACUCGCCGAUUAUGUUAGCUACGAUAUCGAACCGGGGAAGUUGCUCCGUGACCUACCAGGCGGGCUGGCACCUUCCAAACCCGAUGUUUCGAAGCGCAAUUUUCUUACAAUACCUGAGAAUAAACCAUUACCUAGAUGGAUACCCCGGAGUAUGAAUAACAAACUACAAGUGCGACAAGUCUCGGCAUUUGGCUCUGGCGCCGAGGGUUUAAUAUGUACAAGGGACGGACCCUCGUGUGGUCCUAAUGCAUUUUGCAACAGAGGAUUAGGAUGUUGCCAGAGAGGGCAAACGGGAUGUGCUGGAAAUUCUUGUUGCUCGGCAGGGCAGACAUGUUGUACCGCCGGGGGUGGAUGCUGCCCAAACGGUUAUAAUUGCGUGCAGAUUCGGGGAAACUCGGGUUGCUGUCUGGAAGGGACGGAUUGUGAAGAUACGGGAGAUUUGGUAAAUACAGUGGAAGGGAUUGCAAAUCCGAAUGAUGGUGCUCCUUGUAUCAAUGAUGGAUUUGGUGUUUGUCCCAGUAGGACGUUUUGUUGUCCUUCUGGAAGGAAAUGCUUAAGGGACGCAGACGGGAAAGCAGCUUGUGAAAGAGUGUGUGAGGACGCAAAUUUCUUCGUCUGCCCAAGUAACGACUUUUGCUGCCCCACAGGGUCUAGCUGCUUCGUCGACGGGAACGGACGCAGCCGAUGCAAAGUGACUAUCGUCACAACCAUAACCGCUAGCUCUGACCCACCAGCAACAACAACAUCCGUCAUGAACUCAUCAUCAACUGAUAUGGAAUUUACAACAACUUCGUCCAGCAAUGUAUCAGAAACUACUAGCGCUGAAGAGUCUCCCACUGAAACGACAUCCACAACUGACCCAACAAAUUCUACUAUUGAAACCACAGCAUCCGAGACCACAUCACCAGAUCCAACAGAGACACCAGCAGAGACCAGUAGUUCCACCACAGAAACAGCAGAGGCAGUGUCCUCGACACCUGCUGGUGGGGAUGGUCGACAGAAUAAUAAUAACGGACCAUUACCUCCGCCAAACGGAGGCUUAGAUAAUAUUUUCACAAAUGAAGGCGAAAGAGCAUACAAAGUUUCGCUGCCAGUUUUAAUAGGGGUGGGGCUUGGCUUUUUUGGCUUCGUUAUUGGGAUGCUAUAA